CUCACAAAAAUUUUUCUGUUUUACAACACAUUCAACUCUUCCAAUGAAUACUCCUUCAUGAAUCUUCCAUAUUCAUGAAUCCUUCAAGAAACUUGCAUAGGAAUGUGUAGAGACAAUAACUAUCUCUAUGGGAGAACCCAAAAGUCACAUGGUCUAGAAUAUUCAACAGGUUGGUCUCAUCUCUAAUAUUACAAGGUUCUUGAAUCCGCUCGGUACCACCACGGCGGAUGGUGGAGAUGAUGACGUGAAGAAGUUAGAGACAGUGGUGCGGCCAAUGAAGUGGACACCGACGAGGCCGGAAUGGACGGGAAUUGAAGAGACUGAAGGACUUGCUCUAAAUUUGCAAAGAUCUGACAACAUGAAUUUCAAUACAGAAGCAUUUAGAAACAUGAAGAGACUGAAAUUGCUCCAACUCAAGUAUGUACAACUCACGGGGAACUGCGACAGGUUUCCCAAAAAGUUAAGCUGGCUCUGCUGGCGAGGAUUCUUUCCACAGGUUAUACGAAAUGAGUUUCUUAAUGAAACAUACCUGGUUUCUAUUGACCUGCGGUACAGCAAUCUUGUACGAGUUUGGGAGGAUUCCAGGCGGCUUGGGAAUUUGGAGAUACUUAAUCUCAGUCAUUCACAUUAUCUAACACAAUCACCAGGCUUUUCACAACUCCCAUAUCUACGGUAUUUGAUCCUUAAAGACUGUAAGUUUGCCAGAGAUUGACAAGUCCAUUGGACUUCUUUAUAGACUUACCUUGCUAAACCUUAAAGGCUGCACAAUGCUUAAGGACCUUCCGGAGGACUUUUAUAAGUUGAUUCUUUUAAAGACUCUUGUUCUUUCUGGCUGUUCGAGAUUUGAGAAAUUGAGCGAGAUUAUAGGAAAUAUGAGUCUUCUGAGAACACUUGUUAUAAGUGGCGUGAAGUACCAUACUCUGUAGAUAAGUUGUGGGACUUGGACUUUUCAUCUCAACAAGGCCUGAGUCGACUAAAACGAUCUUUACAGGAAGAGACAUCACAACCUAGCGAGGAUGAGAUAUCAGGACCUAGCCAAUCCAAGUAUGAAUUCUGAUAGGAGAAUAAGCAGAGAAAGAAAGCUGAAAGUUAAGUGUUGAAGGAAGCUGAUGUGGUGAUGGACCUCAGAUUGUCAACUUCAGAACUUUUCUCUGAAUCUUGGUG